AUGGAGUGCGGUGUUGAUCGUGGCUUGGAUGAGCAUGACGCUGAGAGUCAGUGUGGCUCUGAUGAGGAAGUUGCCGAAUCUAAUCAGUCGCAACACGCCUCAUCUAACCAUGACUACCCAGGUGUUGCGUCUGAUUCUGAUGGAAUCAACGUGGAUACUGCAAAGUCGGAUCCAACACCCCCAACUUCAUCGACUCCCACAUCAUUCUACAGCUUGCGCAGCCGAAACAAGAGCAAGCUCGUAUAUGAUGCAAGGUACCAUCCUAUGGACGACGCUAUCCGCCCCACUCAAGCUGCAAAACUUCGGUCUGCUCAUGGGGAGAAGCAAGUUUGUUUCGCCUCGGAUGACCUGAGUGAUGCAUUUACCGCAAACGAUUCCGAUGAGGAACAGUCGAGUGAACAUAGCGAGGCAGAGGAAGAGCUAAGAAAAUACCCCAGGGGCAAGAAGCGAAAAUUCACUCAGUCACAGCUACGGUCUGUCGAACCGACUCGUCGCUCUUCUCGCAAGGUCUCAGAACUGAAGAUCUCCUACAAUAUGAAUGUCCACCCCCAAGACAAAUUCCUGAGUGUAUCGAGCGAUGACGGGGAGGCUGCGCCAAAGAAGAAAGCCAAGAAGUCCAAACACACAUGUCGUGUAGAUGGUUCAGGCUCCAAUGAUGGAAUUGCGCCGCCAAAGUCAACACGUCGAAAGCAUGCAGAUUAUGUUAGCGAUUCCGAAUCCGAUGGACUCAAGUCUAGCGAUGAGCAUUUCCGCUCAGGUAUAGAGGUUGAAAGCGAUGCCGUUACGAUUGCUGAAAGCCUGCCUGCAUCUCCCGUUCUAGACAGCCCAAAGGGUAGUGAGCAUGGCAGAAACUGUAUUGAUUCACCGCAUCUCUCUCUAGGGGAGCCAGAUCUUUGUCCCGAAAAAGACGCAUGGCCAAUCUCACCGGGUCAACCAUUCCAAAUCUAUCACGAGAAACUUGAAGAUCAGCUGCAUCGCGAGGCGUCGGCUGCUUCGCCGCUCAAGUACGAGCAUGAUGACAAGGAAAACGCAACCGACAACGCCGCAGACACGGAGCCGCCAUCUGAAACAUAUGCGGGAGUCUCUAUCAUCCCAGAAUCGCAAUAUACGCCGUCCAGUGAAGACCGCCAAUUCUCCUCCUGCAGCGCUCUUGCUAACAAUGCGCUCUACGGUGAUCCUUUUCCACAGACUUACGGUCUUGAUGGAGCCUACUGCAGUGAUUCUGAGAAGACCAAUGGACACUCUAAAGGCAUGAGCGUACGCGUGUUUGGUAGGAGUGUGCCUGUGAAACAAGCACAGGCCGAGCCGGACUCUUCUCAGGACUCGGUAUUCGGUCACUGGAAAUCAGACGAGGCGACCGAAGGAUGA